AUGUCGGACUCGCUCGUACCAGAGACGCGAGUACUGGCUGUGGCUAGCCAUGUUGCCUAUGGCCAUGUGGGAAAUACAAUGGCGACCUUCGUCAUGCAGUCUUUGGGCUGCGAGGUUGCUGCAUUAAAUACUGUGAAUUUCAGCAAUCAUACCGGAUAUCGCCAAUUCAAGGGUACUCGCGCUACUGCGCAGGAAAUCUCAAACCUCUACCAAGGGUUAUGCCAGAGUAACUUGACCGAUUUUGAUGUUAUGCUCUCCGGAUAUGCCCCAAGUGCAGCUGCCGUUGAGGCUGUGGGUUCCAUUGGUAUUGAUCUACAACAAAGGGCUGAGAAGAAGCCUGGAUCAUUCUUUUGGGUAUUGGACCCUGUUAUGGGCGACCAGGGCCGGUUAUACGUCAACGACGACGUCGUCCCCGCUUACAAAAAAAUCAUCCACCACGCCGAUCUAAUUCUUCCCAACCAGUUCGAGGCCGAAGUCCUCUCCGGCAUCAAAAUCACAUCUCUCGCCACCCUGGCCGAGGCGAUUACUGCUAUCCACCGUAUUUACUCCGUGCCACACGUCAUAAUCACUUCUGUGCAGCUUUUCAAACUGUCGGCGUCCGGGUCAACCCCCAGUCCGGCCGAGAACUUCCUGACGGUGAUCGGCUCCACAACAAAGUCAGACGGAUCUCCGCGCCUAUUCCGCGUCGACGUCCCCGCCUUAGACUGUUUCUUCAGCGGUACGGGUGACAUGUUCGCCGCAUUGACAGUUGCUCGUCUACGCGAGGCCGUCGACGCUGCAGGUGACGAUCUCCGCAACACCCGCUCUUGGGUGUCGCCCGACAAUGUCCCGUCCAGUCAGCUCCCGCUAGCUCAGUCUACGAUCAAGGUUCUUUCAAGCAUGCAUAGCGUUCUCGAGAGGACGAUGGAGGCUCGCGAUGCGGAACUCGCAAAGGAUGUCCCGGCACAGAACGGGGGUGUGAGUGUGGAAGAGCAGCAGAAGCUUGAUCAUCUACGACGAACUAAGGCCGCAGAAGUGAGGCUAGUUCGCAAUACGCGAUUCUUGCGGGACCCUCUCGCCCAAUUUGAGGUGCAGGAAUGGUGCAAGGAAGAUCUCCCAGCACAGUUACAAUAG